UCCUGGCUGCAGCCACUUCUCAACAGCGGGCAGUAACUAAAGAACCAAUAUACAAGAGAAAAUGAGGUCCAAAUUGGUGUUGAUUCUCGCAGCUACGCUUUUGGUUCAGGUUUCAUUUACCAGAGCAGGCGAUGCCAUCCUCGAGUUUCAGGAGCAAGCCCAAAGAGACACAGUAAUUUUCAAAGCAGCUCGCGAAGUGGAGGAUGAACUGCUGAAGGAAUUUUUUGAACUGAAAGUUAAAGUCGAUCGCCUUCUCCAGAUACGUCAAUCUGGUCAAGAGGAUCCAGAUUUGGAAGCCAGUAUCCAAGAAACGGCAGAAAAUAUUAUCCGAGGAAGUGCCGAAUAUUUUGAAUCAGAAACGAAAUUAUUGGAAAUAGCAAGAAAUGACCUUCAUUUCGUGAAAGCUCUAGCAGAUCAGCUGAAGAGCAGGCAACAGACUGGCUGAAGUCACAAUCAUCGCCACAUGUAACCUUGCAGAAUGGGGCGACUGAUGCACGCUGUCUUGCGUUCCUGAAGGAUGUCACUGCUGUUCAGAAUGUAGAUGUCAAAUGUUAACAAUAAUAUUAAUUUCACUAACA